ACAUUAAUGGCUGCCAAUCUCGAACGAAGCAGUGGGAUUUUUUCCAAUUUUUCAUUUUCGCUCCAAUUUGCAAACUUUAACAAAUAAAGAUUUAAAUAAACGGAACAGUGUAUAAAGUGCAAGUUUCUUAACGGAAACAAAUACCGAAUAUAGGCAUUAUGUGGCCGCAAGCACUGCAAAUGACCAGAGACGAAUGUCGAGGCAUUUUACGGAGACUUGAGCUGGAAUCGUAUUCUCAAGUAAUAAGUGUGUUUCGCGCUCAAGGAGGUCUGAGUGAAGCCAAGGCUAAACUGUUAGAGGAAUUGCGUGGUAUAUUUCACAUAUCAACUGAACGACACCGUGCAGAGGCCCGACGUGUUGCCAAUGAUGAACAAUUGGCCACAAUUGCGGAAGCUAUAUCUGGACCAAAUACAUGGCAAGAAUGGUCGCGUGAAGGUAGACGUCCUUAUCCGUUGUUGCCACGUGUGGCUCCCCAUACAGCCUUAGCUCUAAUUGCCAAUAAUGUGGCGGAGGAAACAGCUAAUGAAAAUCAAAAGCUUCCCUACCCUGCUGAAACUGGUGAGGCCAUUAAGGAAGAACAGCAACAAAUUGAAAAGCAAAGACCAAGCGAAAUUGUGGAGCGUAAUAAUCAUGUAGUAACCAGUGAUCCG